CUAAUAACACGUGAAAUGGCACUACUGAAUUCUUCAAUAGCUAUGGAUAGACAUUUAGAAGUCUUGCACGUACACCAAAGUGGUGGUUUACUGAUAGGAGCUGGCAGUUUGACAGGGAGACUGUGGACUGGAUCAUUCUGGUUCUUUGACAACCCAGAGAAUGCCCCUGAUGCAGAAAAGUGUGCUGUUGGAAUGCAUGUGGAGUCUGGAGUUACUGACCUCCAGUGGAUAAAUGACUACCUCAUCAUUUCAGGCUACGAUUCAGGUGGUAUAAAUAUUUGGAAGUUUACAGAGGACUUGCAAACUGUAAACCCUAUUUAUCAUGCCUUUGAACACGAUGACAUGGUGAAAUCCCUCAGUGUGGCACAGGGAGGUGCAGCAGCAGUGUCAGGGGGAUAUGACUGCAGAAUCAAAGUAUGGGACAUUGAAGAACAACAAUCCAGCAACACUUUUCAAGGUCACUCUGAUGCCAUCACUUGUGUAGCAUGUCAUCCUAGAGAUUCCAGUGUAUUUCUCUCUAGUUCACAGGAUGGAAACAUAUUACUUUGGGACACAAGAAACCCAAAGCCAGCUCAGCUUAUUGAGAAAGCCCCCCCUUCUUUAAUAACAACCUGUUUGUCAUGGCAGCCAGAUAAUGAAUGGGAGUUUGCUAUGGGAGAUGAAUUUGGAACUAUAGUAGGAUUAGAUUUAAGGCAGUCAGGUACAGCUACAUACACACUCAAGCCACAUACCAGAUCAGUCCACAAAGUGGCAUUUGAUACAAAGAGGCCAAAUUUCUUAGCAUCAGUAUCAGAAGAUUGCAGUGUAGUGGUAACAGAACUUAAUCCCUCAGGAGUUAGAGAAAUUUAUCGUGAUACCUCUCAUACUGACUUUGUUCGUGGUGUGUCAUGGUGCCAGACAACGGAAUUUCUCUACACCUGUGGCUGGGACUCCACUGUUAAGUCACAUGACAUGAAAGGAAGAAGUGAGGAAGGGAUGGCAGUGGAAGUAAAUGGAGUGGUGCAGAAUAAUGUGGAAUCUUAUAGUGAUAAAGUCAAAUGUGUUGGAAAGUCCUAGCAUCGAACCAAAAUAUUAGUUAACAAUACUUAUACAAUCAGUUUCAAAGAUAGGCUGCAGAUUCUCAAAGUAUUCCUGCCCAAAACAUCUAUAUGAUGGUUUACAACUUUUCUUGUUUUUCAAUAGUGUUAUUAUGUAUUUUUAUUCUGUUUAGGCUAAAUGAUUUAUGUGUUUUGAUUCUUGUCCAAAGUAUCAAAUAUCAUCAUACUUAUGACUUAUCUUAGGUGUGCUUCUCCUGGAUUUGAUACCUUUUAUGUUUGUAACUUCACCCCAGGAUGUCGGAUUAAUCUGAGGUAAACAUUACAGAUUAAAAAUGAGAAAGGUGAUCUCAUGCAGAGUUGCCAGCUCAGCACAUUUCUGCUUUUUUAAUUUUUUUAUGUUCAGACACGUGUCUGUACAUUUAGCUGUCACCUGAGUCUGUCGUCGCCAUGGAAAUAACAGUUCCUUAUUAUCCUCAAACUCAAUGGGGUUAUUCAUAUCAUGUUAAUACAGCUAAAUUAAAAUUUGAAUAGCAGCU